GUGUUACUGAAUGGAUUAAAUAGUUACUAAAUGGCUUAAACAAUGUGAUUCCUAAAUGGAUUAUAGUGGUCAGUGGUCACUAACCUAUAUUAAACUAGUCACAAAUAGAUUAAACUAGUCACUAUAUCUAGAAAAGUAGUUUGUUCUUGUUCAAUAUUGUGCUUGGAUUGUUGCCUAAUUUUAAGUUAAAAGCAGACAUUCUCUUAUAAGACAAUUGAUAUUUUGAGACUUAGUAAAAAAGAAUGUAAACAUUAUAUUAUCCGAUACAAAGAGUAUAAAAGAUGAUAUUUUCAACAAUGCUACCCUCCUUAUUAAAAAAAAAAAAAAAAUACUAGCAUCAGUGCAUCACAAGUCACAACGACGUCGUUUAGCUGUCGUCUUCUACCUUCUCAAAUCACAUCUCAUCUCAUCUCACCGAUCCAAACCCAAAUAAUCAUCGUUGUCAUCCUUAAUUAACCACGACAACAACAAAAAAAACCACGACAACACUGGUUUUCAAUUUUUUUUAAAAAAAUGAUCUCAGGUUUCUCAGCUUAAUCACUUAGUCAACCCACAAAACAAAUCGCAAUGUUCACCACUUCUCAUCUCUCACCAUCUCCCAUCAACUCUUCCUCUUCAGCAUAAAUCCGCCAUUUUUCUCUCUCCUCCAACUUUCUUCACUCUCCUUCAAUGGCUUCCAUUGAAGAACCCAACAAAAGCUCCAAUCUUUACGACACCCCAUCUUCCCCAACUCAGCCUCUCCUCUCAAAACCCUAUCCUUCUCCUUCAAUUGAAGAAUAUCAACCUCAACAACAACAAUUUUCUCAUCAAUCUGAUUCUGAUCAUACCCAGUUUCUUCAAAUCGCUUACAAUUAUGGUCCUAGACCUUUCAAAGACUUACCUUUCCUCAUUCUCUUUCUUCUUUUCUCUAUUUGCACUAUUGGGUUUGGUAUUUUCUCAAUUGCACAUCAUAAUUCUAACUUUUCUUCUCUUUCUUCCUUUUCUUAUGACCCCACUUCUUCAUCUUGUGUUAAGAACACACUUUCUAAACAUGGGUCUUUUAUUGAUUUUUAUGGGUUUUCCAAUUUUGGGUCUUCUUCUUCUAGUAGUUUUGUUAGAGGGUUGAUUUGGGUUCUUGUGAUUACUUUCAUUUUGAGUUUGCCAAUUGUAUGGGGUGUGUUGUUGUUGCUUAAACAUUACACUAAGCAGCUUGUUUAUGUGUCACUUCCUUUCUUUAUUGUGAUUCCUAUUGCUGUAAACGUGUACUGGUUUGUUGCCUGCACUGUUAAAACUUCAUGUAGUGAUGCAUUGCCUCUUGCAUAUAGGAUACUGUUGUUGCUGUUUGUUUUCUUGGUGAUUGGGGUUGUUGUCUGGAUUUUCGUGCUUAAUUGGCAUCGGAUUGAGUUGACUAUAAACAUAAUUGGUGUUGGGUCGAAUGCGCUUUCGAGGAAUUUGGGGUUGUUUGGGGUUGUCCCAUGUUUGAAACUUGGGUUGCUGGCUUAUUAUGUGCCAAUUGUUGUGUUCUUGGUGUUUGCAAGGUAUAAUGGCAAGAUUGUGCCCCGUGAAUCCAAAGGAGACUAUCAUUGUGCUUGGAAGCAAGAUAGUUGGGUGGGUGCUUAUUAUGCAUUGGCAAUUUUGACAAUGUUGUGGUCAGCAACUGUGAUGUUGGAACUUAAGGCUUAUGUGGUCAGUGGGACUAUUGCUCAGUGGUAUUUCUCUAAAGAUGAUGCGACUCCAAAGCGAAAGAUCAGAAGUGCUUUGAGAAAUGCGUUUGGUCCCUCAGCUGGAACUAUAUGCUUCUCUGGGUUAAUAAUAUGUGUUGUCCGCCUGGUUCGUGCUGCUGUUGACAGUGCUAGACAAGAAAAUGCUACUGGAAUCGUCAAUGUUGUCCUUAGGUGCUGUGUCAAUGUUUUUGUUGCAGCUGUUGAUUUUCUGAACAAGUUCACUAUCAACUUUGCGGCUAUUACAGGUGAAGCUUAUUGUACAUCUGCAAGAAUGACUUAUGAGCUUUUGAAACGUAAUCUUCUAUCAGCUGUGUUUGUGGAGACAAUUUCUACGCGCUUACUGGCUGGAAUAAUAUUCGUCCUUUCAGCAGUUUAUGCAGUUGUGGUAUGUGCCAUAUUAAAUGGUGUAACAAAUCUCGGAGUGAAUUCCUACUAUGUUUCCCUCUUGGCUUGGUUGCUGCUCAUAGUGGUGCUUGGUUUCUUCGUGCACCUGCUCGAGGAUGUGAUCGACACGGUAUACGUGUGCUAUGCCAUUGACCGAGACAGAGCAGAGGUCAAUAAACCUGAGGUCCAUGACGUUUAUGUUCAGCUUCCUAUAAGCAGGAGCACCCGAACGCCACUCAACGUGUAAAUUAUCAUGUCCUGAAUUCUUUUUCUGUUGUGUGGUUUAGUUUCAUCUCUGUAAUUCUGUAUUCUAAUUUGUUGUCCCACUUUGUAAUGACUUGGUGGGUUGUGCAUAUCCUUCCCUGGUUCAUUUGUAGAGUUUUAAGGUUUUUUCAGAAUAAUAAAGUUUAAUAAUAGAAGACGUAGUCCUAGUCUUCAAGGAAGUUUAAGAA